CAGCUGUGCGCAAUUGUCUGCGCCAGCCAAUGGGCGAAGAGAUAAGGCGCACUCCAACACCCGCAGCUGUACGCAGGAGAACCCGGGAGCCUUGGAGGAUCUCAGCAUUUGAGCUUGACGGUGAGGCGGCGUGAAGGGCAGGGAUUCAUGGAUUAGGCCGGAGGCGUGUUGGUGGUAAUGUGGCACCAAAACGACAGCUGGCAAAACUCUCCCCUAUCGGACUUUACGCAGGCAAACAGUUGAUGGAUUUUUUGGAGAGCGUCCUCCUCUCUCGCGACUCUUCGGCUUGUGCGUAAACUUGAAACGGAUGCGCACGUUUCAAAUCCAUCCCCGCUAACUGGUUUCUUUUGAAACGUUCUACCUCGGACUUGUUCUUGUUAAAUAGUCUCUCUCGGCGUUUGGAAGAUGUCUGAUAGAUCGCAGAGUCCGGAGUGCCAAAGCAGGCCCUACGAUUUCAGCCGCGCCGGCCCUUGCGCUCAGGUUUUGGGUCAAGAUGGUUUGGGCAACGCUGCGUCAUUCCAGCUUCCUCACGGCGUUUUGCCAGACCCGAGCCUCCUCUACAACAAAACCGCGUACGGUGGCAUCACGUCGGCCUCUGCGCAGACUUUCUUCCCUUUCCCACCCAUGGCUAGUGACUACAGGGGAGCCGACCUGCAGGCUGGAGAGUUUGGGCAACCCAAGCAUUGGUAUCCCUUCGCUGCGCCCGAGUACACCGGCCAGGUACCCGGCGUAACAGCAGCGACCCAGCCUACAAACCUGAGUCCCCCCAUAGCCGAGACCCGGGAGCAGAUCAAACUGCCCGAGAUCAAGACCGAGAAGGACACCGGCGAUGACUACUCAGCGGAGAUCAAGGGUCAGCAAUACCUGACAACGUCGGCCUCCGCCGCCAUGGCCCAUGGAGUCUUCUACCCCGCGGCCUGGAACCCGUCCUUCUGGCCUGGGAUCGCACACAUCACCCCGCCCGGUAUCAGUAAUCAAAAUCCCUCCACAUCCUCUGCAUCAUCGCCGUCUAUGUCCCCUUCACCCCCGAGCAACGGGCUUCCAGGAAACGCGUUUUUUAGCGUGAACCCAACCCAAGCUGCCCCCGGGCCGCAGACGCAGAACCCGGCCUCCUCCACGCGGAGCAGCGGUUCCUCCAGCGGCGGAUGCAGCGACUCAGAGGAGGAGAACCUCUCCACUGAGGAACUGGAGCAGUUUGCCAAGGAACUGAAACACAAACGCAUUACCUUGGGUUUCACUCAAGCUGAUGUUGGCCUUGCCCUGGGUAACCUCUAUGGUAAGAUGUUCAGCCAGACGACCAUUUGCCGCUUCGAGGCUCUGCAGCUGAGCUUUAAGAACAUGUGCAAGCUGAAACCCCUUCUUCAGAGAUGGCUGAAUGAGGCAGAGACCUCGGACAAUCCCCAGGAUAUGUACAAGAUCGAGAGAGUAUUUGUUGACACCAGAAAGAGGAAGAGGAGGACGAGUCUGGAGGGGGCAGUGCGCUCUGCUCUGGAGUCCUACUUCAUCAAGUGUCCCAAACCCAACACCCAGGAGAUCACGCACAUUUCAGAUGACCUAGGCCUUGAGAGAGACGUGGUGCGUGUUUGGUUCUGCAACCGGAGACAGAAAGGAAAGCGACUGGCCUUGCCACUGGACGAGGAGUGCGACGGCCAGUAUUACGAGCAGAGCCCUUCCCCACUGAACAUGGCCCAUUCCCCCAUUCCCAGUCAGAGCUACCAGGUGUCCAGCUACCCCGGAGGCCCUCCUCCCACACUGUACAUGCCCCCACUUCACCGGCCUGAUGUCCUGAAACAGGCCCUUCACCCUGGACUUGUUGGUCACAUGACUGGAUAAACAUGCUCAGGUAGUCCCAGCCAAACCCACAGAUAUCCUUCCUAAGCUUUUCUGUCGGAGGCCAACUCAAACUGGAGUGAGACCAUCAGUGGAUCACAGGACAAACAGUUCAAGGGCGGAGGAUCUUUUUCCUGUUCUAAUUCUGAAACUACAAAUUGCCUUGUCCACAUCCUCUAACCGCGACCAGAACCUCCACACCAACAACUAUGAAAAUGUGGGUGCAUUUUGUGUUUUUGGAUUAAGCAUAGUAAAUCAUUCCACUGGCUUUAGUCAUUUCAUGUUUAGAACAACAUAAGAUUUGGCUCUGUACAGCAUAGGCAAGUUAUGGAAUGAUGUAAAGAAGCAGAACGUUCCUUCCACUUAUACUAAAUCCUGGGUAGGUUUUCUGGGGUGCAGGUGAGAACAGGUCUGGGUUUCAAGAGAACCAAAAUAUGAGUUACAGAAUAAUUUUUCUUACAGUUGGGUCAGUAUUUGUGCAAUUCUCGUCUCCAAUCUGAAAAGAGCAGCUACGGUAUUUGUCUUCCAUUUGAAAUGGAAAACAGUUUCUUAUUGGGGUUAAUUUUUUAUUUUGCACAAAGUUUCUUUUGUAUUGUUGAAUAAUCUUUUCGAAAAUGUUCCCGUUUGUUUCCCAAACCUUAAAUUUUUUUUUUUUGUUUGUCAUCGACAUCUUGAGCAAGUAUUUUUGGCAGCAAUGGAGGGAUUCAAAGUAAUAUUUUGACAAAAUGUGAAGAAUCUAGUUGUUCAGUGUCUUAGCUGCUAAAUCUGCCAUUUGCACUCUGUCAAUAUUUCCUCUUAAUGUCUCAGGUGUAAAGGUUUUUAUGUUAAUGUUGAAAUGAUGUCAAGUGCUCACUGAAAUGUAUUUUAAGAAGUUGCUUUUUAGUCGAAUGACCAUAGUUUUAGAAAGAAGACAUUAAAUGUCUCAUUCUGCUUCAAAAUACUUAACAUGACUGAAGUCCCUAAGUGACAACUUGGGGAUGGCACAUUAACAUUGGACUAAACUCUAUCAUUAACUUUUAAUAUAACACGUUGUCUUGACAGAUUGUAAAUGGAUUCAUUAUAAUUUAUUGAAAUGUUGGCUGCGCUGAGACACCUGAGACUUAAAUGUAAACGGUCACUUUUCCUUGAAAAAUUGUAUAUGCAAACUACCCAAUUGUUCAUUUUCCCAGUAAAUCUUUGCACAUGUCCCACCAAAAGUAAAUUGUCCUUUAUUCUGUGCGUCUGUAGUGCUGCACUAGACCAGUGUGGAUUUGAAUUUUGUUUGAUUUAUGCAGGAACUGAGAUGGUUUAUUUGAUAUGAGGCAGGUCUGCAAACUGAAUCAUGAACUGAAUCAUACUGGCGACAUUGCGGUUCACUUAUCCCCCAGUACAAUGUAAUAUGGCCGUUCUGUGCAUUCUGAUUAAAAAUCAAGUCAUGAAUAAUACAAGAAAUAACAAAA